UGUUUUCACCGUUAAUAAAAUAGAAAUUAUUAAAUAUUGUUCAGUAAAGUUAAAACUACUUGUAUAUUAACUUUUGAAGAAGCACGAAUAAUAGCUGAAAAUUUUUACAAUCGAUGUAUAUAUUAGCAUUAAUAGUUUACAAUAAUCCGGUUUUUUCCGAUUUUACAAUUUUUAUAGUACUAUUUUAGACCUGCCGCACAUGUUAGUUAAGAUCCUUUUGCAGUUACGUAACGCGUAAGUGAUAAAGGUUUUUCGACUUUAACCUCCGAAAAUUUUUUACACCUGAAAAAGUAAAGUAUGGACAGUAAAGAACGAUAUAGCCAUAAAGAAGUAUAUGAUACAACUACAUCUAAAGAUAAUUUUCAGUUUUCUGAAACCGAAGAAACACAUCAUUCUAUAAAUAAUCCUGAUUUAAUAGUGGGUCGAUAUUUAAUAUAUGACUCAAGAACUAGGCGUUGUUAUGCUAGAAAUAAUUCGUCGAUUGAAAUAACUACACCAAGAGACGGGAAUCAUAUAUCAAAAAUGGUAGAUGCUAUUUUAGGAUGCGCGUCUCCGAAUUCAGUGAAAGAAGUUAUUGGUCGUUCAUUAUUGUCGCGACCACGUAUUCCAUCACCUGAACCUUCACUUAUACCACCACCUCCGCCCUAUCCGCCAUCAGUCGUGUCCGUGUUUCCACCCAAUUCUCCACCACCAUAUCUACUUGAGUCACCCUUAACACCAAAAGAGCCACGGCAAGCGAUGCAAGCUACACCAAUCAGUACACCACGACAGCGGAAUCAAAAUAUAUUAACAGAUAAUAAUAGUCCACCAUAUUCUCCGUUUCCAGAUUCAUAUUUUGCUCAGUUUGAUGUACUUAGUCCACCGGUUUCCAUUUCACCAAUAUCCAAUUCUUAUUAUUCGGAUGACUCAGAACUUCUUUAUGCCUCCGCUUAUAACUCACCGACAACGCCAAGAAAAAAUAAGUGAUCCACUUGUAACAAUUACUUAAUGCAACUAGAA